AUUUAAUGUUAAAUGGUCUCAGGUGCGCGUUAAUGGCUUUCUUUAACUGUCUCGGGCUAGUAGCCUAGCAUUAAAAGGUUUGAGAGGACGCGGGUCGGGCUGAAGUUUGAGAGAGAGACCAGGAUGCCGCCGAGACGGACCAGAAACGACGGGAAUGCCCAGGUUAAAGAACAAAUGAACCGGGAGAUGCGACGACGCAGACUGGACCUCUUCAUCCAGCAGUUUGAGAAAGAAGCACAAGAGCGUAUGAACGAGUUAGAAGCCAGACUGGAGAACAUGCUGUCAACAGUAGACAAAGUCUUCAAAGUGGAACUGAUGAAGAUGCUUCCUUCACUUCAGAACACGCUAAUAGGGGAUUUGAUACGAGAGGAGGAAACCUCGGCCAGCGAGGUGUCCAUCGCCAUGCAGAACGAGUCCGUUGAGAUGCAGCAGCCUCUCGCGAGGGUACGCAGUAAAAGAGUAAAAUCAACUGACUCUAAACCAGCCCAGAAGUCCUCAGCCAAGACCACUAAGGGAGGAAAGGGGACCAAAGGGACCAGAACAUUAGGGAGUAGUAACAGCACUGGAAAUCUCGGGGGCCCCUUACUCACUGGCAAGAGAAAUCAGAGCCGCUUGACCAAGGCCAGUGACCAGACCGUCCCGGCCAAGCCGAAACUCAGGUCUGUGGUCUCUGCUGGUGAUCUGCACUGUUCAAUGGCAGGCUCUGCUGCACACGUCACUGUUACCACGGCACAGGGACAGACUAUGUGCUUCUCUGAAGAGACGAAGGACGACAUUAACCUGGACCUGCUGGAUGACGUGGCCAUGUGCCAGAUGCAGAACCUCAAGAGGUUGAUGGACUAUCUGGCGAGCCAAAGUCGCUGCAAUCAUUGAUCCACUGUGACCAGGACUCUGUUUAAAAUGAAAAGUUGUUGGCUGUCAAAGUUUUAAUAUAAUAAAGCUUAUUUGUAUUU